CAAAUUCGCCGGCCGCGGCAGGGACAGGACGUUUGCUCGCUCGGCUCCCCAGUGAGGGCGGCGGCGGGGUAACUGGGCAUCGCAGCGAUGGUUUUCCACGGUUUCCAACAACUUGGUGGACCAGAGCGAGUCACAGGGUCCCUGAUCUUGGCCGUGUGCACAGCUGUACUGGGAUCCCUGCAAUUCGGGUACAACAUUGGCGUCAUCAAUGCUCCUCAGAAGAUCAUCGAGCAAAGCUACAACAAGACCUGGAUGGAGCGGCAGACGGGCGUUGAGCACCCGCAGCCCAUCGACCAGUCGUUGCUCACCACGCUGUGGAGCCUGUCGGUGGCCAUCUUUUCCGUCGGUGGGAUGGUAUCCUCAUUCCUGGUGGGAACACUCGCUGAGUGGCUGGGAAGGAAGCGAGCCAUGCUGGUCAACAAUAGCCUUGCUUUGAUUGGAGGAACACUGAUGGGGCUGUCAAAAUACUGCCAAUCGUAUGAGAUGCUGAUCCUCGGCCGCUUUGUCAUCGGUGCUUAUUCUGGUAUCUGCUCCGGACUGGUCCCGAUGUACAUCGGAGAGAUUUCGCCCACCAGCUUACGAGGAAUGUUGGGAACAUUGCACCAACUUGGCAUCGUCACCGGGAUCCUCAUUGCUCAGAUUUUCGGCCUGGACGUCAUCCUGGGGACAGACGAGCUCUGGCCGCUGCUCCUGGCAGUCACUGUGAUACCGGCCCUCCUUCAGGCAGUCCUGCUUCCCCUCUGCCCGGAGAGUCCCCGCUUCCUCUACAUCGUGCGCAACGAGGAGAGCAAUGCCAAGAUAUGUUUGAGGAGACUGACGGGCCAGCAGGAUGUCUCCAAUUCUCUCUCAGAGAUGAAGGAAGAGAAACGGAGAAUGGACCUGGAGCGGAAGGUGACCAUCGCUCAGCUGUUCAGGAGCCCAGCCUAUCGGCAGCCCCUCUUCAUUGCCGUCAUGCUGCAGUUGUCUCAGCAGCUCUCGGGCGUCAACGCUGUGUUUUAUUACUCUACCAGCAUCUUCAUCGGGAUGGGCAUUGAACACCCGGUAUACAUCACCAUUGGAGUUGGCAUCAUCAACACCGUGUUCACUGUGCUCUCUGUGAGUAUUCCCCUGCACAUUACAGGGAUGGAAGGAAUCCUGGGUUGUGUUAGCCUAACCACGAUUGCCUGUCCCAAUUGUCCGUCUGCACAGAACAAGCUGCCCUGGAUGAGUUACGUCAGCACUGUGGGGAUCUUCGGCUUUGUGGCCUUCUUCGAGGUGGGCCCAGGCCCCAUCCCCUGGUUCAUUGUGGCCGAGCUCUUCAGCCAAGGGCCUCGGCCGGCCGCCUUCGCCAUCGCUGGCUUCACCAACUGGAGCUCCAAUUUCCUCGUGGGAAUGUCAUUCCAGUACAUCGUGGAGUUGUGUGGCCCCUUUGUGUUCCUCAUCUUUGCCCUGAUGCUCCUGGGGUUCUUCAUCUUCACCUACUUUAAAGUUCCGGAGACCCGGGGCAAGACUUUCGACCAGAUCGCCUCGGCCUUCCGCCGCAACCCCUCGCUUCUCGACCACGAGUUCAAGCAGCACAGCACAGAACUGGAGUAUUUGGAUGACAACUCCGCCGUGUGAGAGAUGGAGAGAGUGAGUGAGAAAGAGGGAAGGGAGGGGUAGAGAGAGAAGGGGAAAGGAAGGGGUAGAGAGAGUGGGGGAGAAGGGAGGGGUAGGAGAGAGAGAGACAGUGUUGUAUGUGUGGGAGACGGGAGAGGAUGGGAGGGAGAGAAAAUACAUUAGUGAAAGAGUGAAUGGGAGAGAGAUUGUGUGUGCAAGUGAGAUUGUGGAAGAGAGAGUGCGAGUGUGUAUGAGAAGGAGACAAUGAUAGAGACAGAUUGUGUGUGAAAGAACAUGAGAGAUAGAAAAUGUUAUGUUAGAGAAAGUGUUGUCUGUGUGCUAGAGUGAGCAGGAGAGAGAAAUUUGUAUGUCAGAGAGAGGCACUGUGUGUGUGUGUGUGUGUACCUGUGAGAGAGAGAAAGAAGAUGUGUGUGGAUGAGCAAGUGAGAGAGCAGAUUGUAUGUCAGAGAGAGAUAUCGAGUGUGUGGGUGUGUGUGCUUGAGGGAGAGACAAAAGUGUGAGUGAGAGAGUGCAAAUUGUAUGACAAAGAGGAUGUGUGAGUGAGGGAGAGAGAGUGCAGGCAUGUGUGAGAGGGCAGAGUGCAGGAGUGAGGAGAGGGCAGAGUGUGCAAGAGCUUGAGAGCAAGGGGGAGAGAGAAAGUUGAAUGUGGUAACAAACAAAGCGUGUGUGUGUGUAAGUGUGUGUGUGUAUGUGUAUAUGUGUGCGUGUGUGUGUGUAUCUCAAAUGGAGGAAGAGAUGAUGAUUUUGGCAUCUCUUGACCUCUUCACCUCAAAAACGCACACACCUAUUUCAAACCCCUGCUGAAUUU